GUUCCUCUUACAGAAGCAGAAUGCUCCCCUCACCUGAAACCUUUCUUGUGCUCAGUGUACACACCUAAAUGUGUCUUAAGAAGAGCCCAGCCCCCCUGCAGAACUGACUGUGAACGGGCGCGGUCAGGUUGCGAGCCACUGAUGAGACAGUUUGGUUUUCAGUGGCCGGAGUCAUUAAAGUGUGAAGCGUUUACCACUGAGUCUUGUGAACAGGUUUUUCCUCAACAGGUGCAAACAACGAGAAAUGACAGGACAAGCUGCAAACCAAUAACAACUAACUUCUGCCUGGGAUUGGGAUACACUUCUUCCCUUCAUCCGAGCGGAGUUCAAGGCUUCAACCUGCAGCAAAUCGGUCAAAUUGUCGAGACGGCCUGUUCACCUCACAUUGCGAUGCUCAUGUGUCGUGUGGUCGUACCUGAAUGCAGCCCGGAGGAUGAAAACCGGGUGAAACCCUGUCGAAGCCUCUGUGAGAAGGUCAAGAGAGAGUGCGAGUCCCCUCUGAGAGCAAAACGACUGUACUGGCCGACAAAGCUCCGCUGCGACACUCUGCCUGAGUCCAACUGUGUGCAGGAACAAGCCAUCCCCGUCACUCAAGUUACCCCAUCAUCAUCAUGUGAGACAAUCACUGCCUCCUUCUGUACGGACAUGCUUUACUCAGAGACCAUCCUGCCCAAUGUUCUAGGACACAAAACGCAGGAGGAUGCCAGCCUAGAGAUGCAUCAGUUCAACCCCAUCGUAAAAGUGCAAUGCUCCCCCGAUCUUAAGCCUUUCCUGUGCUCCGUCUAUGUGCCUAAAUGUGUCUUGGGAAGGGCCCAGCCCCCCUGCAGAACCCUCUGUGAGCGAGCCCGAGCCGGCUGCGAGUCACUGAUGAACAAGUUUGGCUUUCAGUGGCCUGCCUCCUUAAAGUGUGAUGCAUUUACCACAGAGUCCUGCGAAGACGCUUCGGUCUUCCAUGUUGCUGAGACAUCCAGAUCAACAUGUCAGACCAUCACCACUUCCAUCUGCAAAGACCUGCCUUACACAGAAACUCUGCUGCCCGGCGUCCUCGGCCACAAAACCCAAGAGGAAGCAAAACUAGCACUGGAUGUGUUUUCUCCACUUGUAAACUAUGACUGCUCCCCUCAUCUCAAGCCGUUCUUGUGCUCCGUCUACUUUCCCAAAUGUGUGUCAGGGAAGGCUGUGGCUCCCUGCAGAACGCUCUGUGAGCAGGCUCGAGCCGGCUGUGAGCCACUGUUAAGCAGCUUCAGCUUCAGCUGGCCUGAAAACCUAAAGUGUGAAACGUUUGGCACAGACUCGUGCGAACAGUAUGGAGUGAGCAGCACCGGGGGGAUCUGUGAGCCCAUCACCAUACCAAUGUGCCAGGGCCUGUCCUACAACCAGACCAUCGUCCCAAACCUCCUGGGCCACACAAGUCAAAGAGAAGCGGUCUCCAAGAUGUCCUUUUUCAACUCGAUGGUGCAGACUGUGUGCUCCGCAGACAUACGCUUCUUCCUGUGCAGAGUUUACACCCCGGAGUGUGUGGAUGGGCAGGUGCAGCGGCCCUGCAGGUCAUUCUGUGAAAAAGCCAAAAAGGACUGUGAGGGUUUGAUGAGUAAUUUUGGCGUCUCCUGGCCAGAUGAGCUGCAGUGCAACACCUUCCCUGAGGAAAUGUGUGUACCUGACAACAACAGGAAUCAAAUGCUGAGGGCUGAAGAUGUUCUUGCUAAACUCAACACUGGUGGCUACACUGUUAGUGGAAAAUCUUUAACUCUCAAGACUGCCUACCUGCUGCUGACUCUCAUGGAUGCAGAUAAAACAGGAGACUUGGAUGCGGUGGAGUUCUUCAAACUAGAACAUUAUGCGGCUGUGAUCAGGAGAGAGUAUGUGGAGAACUACGACAGCGGCACUCAAUCUACUGUCACAAAGACCCAAAUGAAAAAGGCUGUUGCUGCCCAUGAUUUUAAUUUGGACGAGGAAAGCUUCAGAGCUCUGUGGUUUGAAUACAGCGCCCAGGGUGGGAUCGAUUAUGAUAAAUAUGUUGCAGCCCUGACGAAACUUCAAAUCCUCAAAGAUCGUUUCCAGGCUCACCUGCUGAAUUUAUCAUGUGAUUGCCAAAUUGCCAGUUUCUCUUUCAAGCAGUUCAUGAAAUCAGCCAUCAUCUGAAAAUCAGCCAAAGUCUUCAGACCUCGAAGCAGUUCGGCACA